UAUGGGAAAGUGGGAUAUGUUACGAAUUUUUGUACCACAUUCUCCGCUUGAGGUGGAUUUUCCAUGUUUGCUCUAGUUUCUGAUGAACACCUGAACAUACUGCUGUUUGGGUUGGCACAGAGGCUGCACAGCACUCUUUCCACAUCACUGAAAGAAGGGAAGCUGGGGACCUUGGAAGACGGCUUGCCAUCCUGCCAGGACAGGCAGCCGGCGAGACUCGCCACGGCUCGGAAGGAUGGCCUGAGUCAGGGUUGUCUCUUCUAUGCAUGCGACAGACCCAAAGCCGAGCAGUGGCUGGAGGUGAUGCCAGGCCGGGCCACACAGGAAGCAUCUCCACCCAGUGUGGUUUUGAGUGGUGUGAAGGGCAUCGGCUCCUACUUGCGCAGUCAGAAGGUCCCGGUCUACGAGGAGUGCCAGCUUUUGGUCAGAAAAGGAUUUGAUUUUCAGAGAAAACAGUAUGGCAAACUAAAGAAGUUUACUACUAUAAAUCCUGAAUAUCACAGUGAACCCAAAAGCAAACUAUAUCUUAAGCUGAGUCGGAGGGAAAGUUCUUCAACCUAUAGCAAAGGUGAUCUCUGGGUGAUUUCAAAAACCCUGGACUUUGAACUAGACACGUUCAUUGGAUGCAGCACUUUCUUCGGCCCAUCUUCUGCCAACGAGGUGGAGAUCCUGCCUCUGAAAGGCUACUUCCCAUCCCGCUGGCCCACCGACGUUGUAGUCCACGCACUGUGGGUCUGUAACGCCAGCAGCGAGCUGACCAUGCUGAAAAACCUCCAGGAGCACCUCCACCCGGGAACGCUGCCCCUCACACCCCACCUGUUAGCAAUGCCUGCGUCUCCGUCUCCGACAGCGCGGCACCCCACCCCGCCGGCCCCCCUCCGCCCGGAGCGCGCGCUGCCCGGCCUGGGCCUCGCGCUGCGGAUGGCGGACGAGACCGCCCGCGCGCACAGGCUGAACGCGGACCAGGCGGCGGCGCUGGCUCGGGUGGCCCGGAUGCUGGCGGCGCGCGCAGGCGCCGAGGAGCCGGGCGCCCUGCCCGUCACCGUCGUCAGUGGUGUUUUUGGUGCGGGCAAGAGCUUUUUGCUGGCGGUGGUGGUUUUGUUCUUCGUACGCCUGUUUGAACAGAGCAACACUCCUGCUGUAGGAAAUGUACGGCCGUGGAAGCUUCUCAUUUCCUCCUCCACCAACGUUGCUGUGGACAGAGUGCUUCUGGGGCUUCUCAGUCUUGGAUUUGAAAAGUUUGUCAGGGUUGGGAGCAUUAGGAAGAUCGCCAAGCCAAUUUUGCCUUAUAGCCUGCAUGCUGGCUCAGAGAAUGAAAAGGAGCAACUGAAGGAGCUCCAGGCAUUCAUGAAAGAGGACCUGACCCCAGCAGAGAGAGUGCAUGUGAGGAGGAGCAUGGAGCAGCACAAGCUGGGCGCCACCAGGGCCCUGCUGAGGCAGGUCCGCGUGGUGGGUGUGACCUGUGCAGCUUGUUCGCUCCCCUGCAUGGACGGCCUGACCUUCCCGGUGGUCGUGCUGGACGAGUGCAGCCAGAUGACCGAGCCUACCUCGCUGCUUGCCAUCGCACGGUUUGAGUGUGAGAAGCUGAUUCUUGUUGGAGACCCCAAACAGCUGCCUCCUACGAUUCAGGGUUCUGAGGCAGCUCAUGAAAAUGGACUGGAACAGACUCUUUUUGACCGGCUUUGCUUAAUGGGUCACAAGCCAGUCCCGUUGAGAACUCAGUACCGCUGUCACCCCACCAUCAGUGCCAUCGCUAAUGAUCUGUUCUACGGAGGAGACCUGAGGGACGGCGUGUCGGAAGUGGAGAGGGGACCCUUAGUGGCCUGGCUGCCCACCCUGUGUUUCUAUAAUGUUAUAGGCCAGGAGCAGAUUGGAAGAGAAAACAGCUUUCAUAAUGUGGCCGAAGCUUCCUUUACACUCAAGCUGAUUCAAUCACUGAUCGCAAGUGGCAUUGAGGGCUCAAUGAUUGGGGUGAUAACGUUAUACAAAUCACAGAUGUACAAGCUCUGUCACUCCCUCAGUGCUGCGGACUUUGGCCACCCUGAUUUGAAAACUGUGCAGGUGUCCACAGUGGACGCUUUCCAGGGGGCAGAGAAGGAGAUCAUUAUUCUGUCCUGCGUCAGGACGAGACACGUAGGGUUCAUUGACUCAGAAACACGAGUGAAUGUUGCAUUGACCCGAGGCCGGAGGCAUCUGCUGAUUGUGGGAAAUUUAGCCUGUCUGAGGAGAAAUGGCCUGUGGGGGCGUGUGAUCCAGCACUGUGAAGGGAGGGAAGAUGGGGUGCAGCAUGCCAGCCAGUGUGAGCCACAGCUGAAUAGUCUCCUCAAAGAUUAUUUUGAAAAACAAGCAGAAGAAAAACAGAAGAAAAAGAAGGAAAAAGAGAAAUCUCAUUCACAAAAUGACAUGGUCUAGGAAUUGAUUUAUGUAAAUUCAGAUUUACUUUACAUUGUAUAUUUUUUAUAUUUUUAUUACUCCAAAACACUUGGUAUAGGAAAACACCUUUAUCCUAUGAUAUUUAAAUAAUGUACUAAAUAAAUUUAUUUUAAAAACUG